UUUUCAUAUUGUGAUGCACGUAUAUACGAGAGCAAAAAUGUCGUUCAAAACAAGACUGAAAAUAUAGAUCUAUGGGAACUAUAGGCUACGGUGAGACCAUAUCAUGGUUCCUUAUUGAAGAGGAGACCUUGUUCUCCGACCAUGGUUUGAAAUUUGUAGCGAAUUUGGCCGAAAUACCAGAAGAUGUGAAGGCAUUGGAGAGCUCGUUCAGCCAAAGAGAUGGCGUAGAUUCAGAUUUAAAUCCCAGCGAAUUUUGUGCAAAUGCCACUGCGAAGGAACUGCAAGACUUGUUUAUCACGCAGACAAGUCAGUAUGCAAGAUAUUUUCGCUAUCGACAAGAUGCUUUAGAGAUGUUAUGGCAGAGAAGAGAGGAGUUGCGAAGUUCGCCAAAAUCUUGCUGUGAAAUCAAUGCAAAAGAUGAACAGUCACCAACGGUCACAAAACGCCGAAUCGAUUUCUCUUCCCGUGUCAGCCUACUUUUACUUAUUCCCUUGAUCAAAUCUCACAGUAAAAACGAUCCCUCUCUAGCCGAUCAUUCGACGAAAAUCCUAUUUCAAUGUUUAAAAGGUUGUUUGCCAAAUUCAUUGAGUGACGAGCCGUUGAGCUGUGUAACCGGUUUGGCAGAUUUGCUGACGGGAUGGUUGGCCGAUGACUUGACAAACUAUGAAAAUUUGGAGGACAUCGAACUAGAAAAUUCCUGUGGAAUGGACAAAAAGCCUUGUAGAACUGUAGUCCAAAAUGAAACGAUCAUUGGCUGUCUUCUCUCUUUGGCGUGUGCAAGGUUAUCAUUGAAGUUAUUUGUGAAGGCUUUGGUAAUGCUACAGCAGAAUAAGAACAGAUUAGACAUGCUUCCCUUGGAUUGCGUGUUGAAAAAUACAAUAGAGUAUGAGAGGUGUGGUUCGCAAAACAGUCCUGGUGUUCUACUGGCAUCAAAGUUAAGAAGUUGUUGGAAGUACGUUGUAAACCAUCCAGUCUCAACCAAAGGAAAUGUAGUCACAUGUGAUGGAAAAUAUUUGUACAUUCUGCAUGGGUCAUAUAUGGUUAAACUGGGUUGUGGUAAACAUGGCACCCUCAGAGGUCACGUUUAUGCUAUCAACAAAAAUUUCCCAGACGGGUUCUUAUGUUUUGUCGGAGGAAAGUUGUUAUUUCGUCCAAAUGUUCCAGAGAAGACGGACACAAAUAUCUUCGCUGAGGUUGUUGACACAGAAACAUUGAAGAUUUGCGCUCCAGUCGAGUAUAAUCGUAACUCUGACAGCCACAAUGGUCAAGUUUUAACAGGCAGAAAAACUGUUAACAUCGUCACGGACGGUGUCCUAAUUUAUUGGUUAUAUUACCAUGAUGUACCUUCUCAGACAGCGAGCCUAAGUAGACCUGCAACGGGUUCUGGUGCGACCAGUGUCUCAGGCAGUACGUUUAAUGUCGUCGAAGUGUAUUUGGAAGUCUUGGAAAUCAAGCAUUGUGAAGACAAGUGCGUGGUUACGCGUGUUCAAAAGCCUGUUGUGUUGAAGUUUCGAGAGGAACAGACAGCGAACAACGAGUUUCCUAUGCCUCUUGCGAUGAGGCCAGUCACUGCGUCCCAGUCAUCACGAGAUGAGAAUAGUAAAACCAGUUGUGGUAUAACGAUGAAUAUUCUUCAACGCACUCCUCUCUUUACUGAUGGAACAUACCUUAUGAUGGUGAUUGGUCAUCCCAACUAUCAGGGUUACCCACUGUGCAAAGCUCCUUUCAACCGCUGUUAUUCGAUCGUGGAGGGAAAGUUUGUCAAGGAUGUGAAUUUGAUUGACGUCCCAAAGGCCGACAACCCGAAGUGGCAGAGCGUGUCCUUGGCAAACACUGGAAUAUGCUACGAUCAUGUCAAUAACCUCAUCUGGACGAGCAGCGAAGAUUGUGUUGAGGAAUGGCAGAAUACUGGCCCAUUAUCCUACCAUUAUGUCGUCAACAAGUUUCCACCAAUAGCAACAGAAAUGUUUGCAGACAAUGAUGUCAUCAGCUUGUCAGACUGUAUGACCGCGAGCGCCUUGCAAAUAGGCUUCCUGUGUUCCGCCACAUUCUGUGACGUCACCAAGCCACCGAGCUAUGAAUUAACACUGGAUGAUGAAUACCAACAGCAGGUUCUAGCAGUACUGGAAAGCGCCGUGGAGCAACAAAACCAAUAUGUCUUGUAUAGCGUGUUGGUUCUCAUUCAGACAUUGUUCUCAAAAGCUUGUUUGACCAGUUCAAAGUUAAACGAAGAUAUCGUGGCUUCAAUCAGGCUGUUGGUUUGGAAAGUAAUUUACUGUGAUAUCGUGGCAUUCAGUGAGAAGGUUCGCCAGGAGGCGUGUCACACGUUGAGGUCAUGUUUGGGUAUUUUUUAUCCAUCUCACACAGAACAAAGUGCAGUGAUGAUGAUACUGUUUAAUGAACCGGAAGAGAACGGAAUUGUGUAUUUGAAAGAUGUUCUACUCAGAUAUUUUACCGACGCACUAUCGAGUGACGGAACAAGCAACGAUGGUUGCUGUAUGGGAUGGUUCGCUGAAGAUGUCGUCCACACGAUCAUCAAUCGCUGUACUGUAGAAUCCUGCCACUUUAUUUCGCUCGCUAAAGAAGGAAAAACGAAAGAUUACGACUUUCCUUCUGUGUCUUCUCUGUUGGGUUACCUCAAAGCGAUGACGACGAAAACAUUAGAAGAACUGUACAUUGGUCGUGAGCCAACCUUUCAUGGAGAUGUCGAAGAUUUCUUUGAAAGGCUUGUUGCUAGUUUUAAAGAGGUAUCCAAAGCGGUGUUUGAUAUGUUUACAAGUGUCGACACAAGAAGUACGAGUGGUCUGGAAGAGAAGCUAACUCUUCUUCACAAUGCUACGAAGUCCUCCGUGUUUGAACAAGUUAUGCCGAUAUUCUUGACCGCUUUGUGUAGCGAGAGGAUUUGUAAUCUGUCCAUUUGCAAAUCAUUGGCUUCUUCCAUCAUGGAACUGAGCGUUACUCUGACAAAGAUCGCAUCUCUUCACAGGAAAUUGUGUCCGCUUCAUCACGUAAGUCCCAAGGGCCUUUCGACUGUACGUUCGUUCCUGCAGUCCACGGACAAAGAUACUAAAAGGCCCUUUGAUAAAGUUUCCAUUCCCAAACCAUGGUUGACAGCACAGACCGUGGCGAGCAUGCAUCCAGUGUGUGACGAGUACAAGACACAGAGGACCGUGUCCUUGUUUGGCGCCAAAUCGUUGUAUUUGAAAUUCGACGAAAGAUGUGCCACGCAAUAUGAUUAUGAUAAGCUCGUGGUCUAUGCUGGGGCCAACAGCAGUUGUACAAAAGCAGGCGAAUAUGGUGGGAACUCGCUUGGGUAUGGGGGCCGUAGCGUAGUUAAAACUGGAUGGCCCAAAGAUAUUGUAAAGGUCAACGGCGAUACUGUGACGUUAUGUCUGGAGGUGAAAAGCACUCGAGAGCGGGCGACACCCGACAAGGCCGUCUGGGGCUACAGCGUGGUCAUAGCUGCCAAUCAGGAUUACUUCAAAGACAAGAACAAGACGCCCCGCGGAGAAUUAGAUUUCUUUACGGACAUUGCGUUGGCUGGUUCGUAUUUUACCUAUUAUCUGCUAAACAUGAUGUACUGUGGUCCUUUACCCACAGAUGUUGAACGUCGCUGCUCACAUCUCUUGAAGUCAAAGCUUUUGCAAAGAUGUAUUUGGAAGGACAGUUUAACAAUGAUCCAAGAGACGCCAAAGUCUCUAAAAGGCUCUGACACUUCCAGCAAACUCUCUGGCAAAGUCCUCGAUAAACUACGAACCUUUUGCAGCAGCCAACGACCGACUCUGCGCCCGAGCAUACUAGGCAUCGUGAAACCGCAGGACAUCGAAAACGUCAUUUUGAGUGCGGCUGUGAAACACUACGGGCUCGCGUCAUGCGUGAACAAGUUUGAGCUCGCCACGGGAAAUCUUUCGAAAAAGAAAGAAUUCAGUUGUUUGCUCCAUGUCUGUGAAGAGACGUUCUUCAAAGUGGACGCACUCGUGCGACAACUGCAAGCCAUGGCCGAACUUGAGAAGAAAUGGUGGCAGGAUUUGAUGGACAUUUGCAAAGAAAAUGCUCAGCCCAGUGCAGCGUUCUUCAAUGAUUAUCAUCUCCAGGAGGAUAAAGCAAAAGAACUCGAGUUGCUUUGCAACCUGAAAGCAGUUCUGUUUCACCCUUUAGAUCAUGAGAAAUCUGUAGGACGGCUGAUCCAAAUUCUCGAAAGCGAGUCUCGCGCUUUCUCGUCGGAUGACGACGACGAUGACGAGAAUGACGUCACAGCGAUAUUUCCUAAAACUAGUGCUUACGUCAGCUGCGUGACGGAGCGAGGGGAACUGUUGUUGAGUGUCACCAUUGUCGGUGAUAGUCCCAGCCCUGCUGUGGGACGAAGCGUUUCAAACAUCGAUAAAACACACACAGGAAAAGGCAGUUUAUCAGUUGAGCCAGAGGGCAUGGUAACGAGGUCCGUAUCCGCGCCACAUUUACAGCAACCUGGGCGCGAGCAUUCCGUACGAGGUCUUGAAGAUUUGCAACGGUUCAGAAGAUGGGAUCAAACAUUACGUAAUCUAUACAGAACAUCACGUGGUAGUGAGCACAGGGAGUGGCACGUCUCAGUUGUUGAACAAAUCUUCACUUUUGUCGCCGGAGACCCUGACGAAGCUGUUUCAUGUUCGUCUUUCCUUCUCGCCGCCCGCACGCGCUGGAGACGAGGAAAAUAUCGUCAGUUGGCAAUCCUUCACAUGAACAAACUCGCCACAAUAUCGGCCAGUCUUGGCGUGACUGGAACACAUCUGCUAGGAGUCGUUGUCUCCAUAAUGUGUCAGGGAACAAGACUGGACGACCUGGAGUGCAGUGGAUUGGCGAAUGACGUCCGUGACGAAUACGGGAUGUUAUUACGUCAUAUUGUGGACCAGUCCGUUGGGAUGCUCGCGCGGUACUGCGAGAAGCUGAUCAUCUUAGCUACCACUCCCUUUACGCUGUGCGAGCGACAGGAUGUCCUAAGAAGCAGCCUCAUUUUGAUGAUCAACAAACUGUGCAGCUCUAGCAACCUGGACACCGGCCUGUUGGACCUGACUCAGCGGAAUUAUGCGUGGAGAAGCUUUCAAGUUCUGAUUGAUCGUCUCGUCAGCUGGGAAAGCGAUAAAGCUCAUGAUCCUGAGGAGAUCGAAUGGUCGGGUGUCGCUCGUCAAGUGGCAACAGUACUCACCAGCUAUCUCAGAUAUCUUGAGAAUAAAGUCAGUAAGCAUGACGUCCUCACCCGCGUCAGUGAUCCUUUACAUGAAGUGUUGGAACUGCUUCAGCGCAUUGCUGGGAGCCAUUUGGGCGAAUGUGUUCUAUCCCAACCACACAUGAUCAAGAUUCUUCUCUCCGUCAUCACUGACCGUCAAUCCUCUCCUAAGCACUUGCUUACAGCUCUAACCCUCCUAUACUCCGCCCUGCCCUUGACUGACCCGGACACAAACGAGCCCCUUACCUCCCCCUCCAUGGAAGCUUUGCAGGAGGGCUCGAUACAGCAACGGAAACCAUCGCAUACAGUGAUCAAGGUGUUGGUCAAUAAGUUGGGUGAACUUCUGUUGCCAUGCAACGUCACAGACGAUGGCGCUUCAAGCUCGAAAAGCCAGCGUCGUUCCAACAGCUACGGCAGCUCUGUGCUGUCCGUUUAUGUUCACAAUCGAGGAGAUAUUGCUACCCAUGAGAUUGUCCAGAAGGUUUUGAGUUCUAGUGGGCAGCCAUUUCUCUUUCAAGUUGGUCUUGGUUCCCAAAUGGAGCGCGCUAUCACACUGAAUCGCGAAUUAACAGAACAUGGCUUCGCUGAAGUGCUGACAGAUAAAAUGAGCACGUGUCUAAAGCAAGCGACGCGAUUGGCUCAAUCUGGUAUCUGUGUUAGUAUAUCAUCUUCGCAGGAUGUGAAAGGAUUGUAUGCGGAGACGACAGGUGAAAGUCACCCACCAGAAACUGUGUGUCAGGAGAGAAACAAGAACCUAGUUGGGUUUGGUAACACGCGGCCGUACGUGAGCGGCAACGUUGCGCACAACAUGGCGUCCGAGGUCGUCGCUCUUCUUCGCAACCUCAUGCAGGUGAACUCCGCCUGGUCAGCGGCUGUUAGACACGCUUUGAUCGACGGUCUGGAGGACUUGUCCACGCUGGUUCAGAGAUUGAACGACACGUACGAGACGGAUGAAACAGAUUGGUGCACAAUGGCGCAGCAAGUCCUGGCCACGUUGUGCACAUUGGGAGGAUUUAAAGAGACUGUGAGACCCGGUUGCAUUGCAAUGAUUUGUGGCGAAGGUUUACGGCAGAGCAAAUGUCGUGUAUUGUCCGUCUCCUCGGAGCAGGAUAACGCACAGAUUGUUAUCGAAGACGAUGGAAUCCUGGACGAUGGAAUUUAUGUUCCUAAACAUUCCUUCACCGUUCCUCUAAACGUUCUUAGUGUUCCUCGGGAGCAGGUGCUUCCGUUCAACGACGAAUUACUUCACGACAAGUUGAUCACAGCUAUUGGAAAGGUUUUGGAAAAUAACACGACGCUGGAAUCCCUCGGAACUUUGUUUGCAAACAAUGAUUCGGACCUGGAAAUAUUACGAAUCCUAGCUGAAGUCAAAACCAGAGUAUUCGCUCUCCUGGAUGCAUAUCUCGACGAUCACAAUGUCGCUCACACACUUUUGGAAACAUCUCCUGACCUUCUGUCGAAUUUGCUACCGUUGGCGCACAGCCUGGACCCUGGGGAGAGACAGGUUGUGAUGGAAAACCACUGCGAGGAACUGCGGGCGCUGUUCAAGGAAUACGUGAGACCGAUACACCACGAGUAUUCGACGGACAAGAGACGAUCGAGCUUGCCGUGUCAGUUCGACAUCACGCGUGAAUUUCCGAUCGUGUUCGGGUGCGUGUUUUCGCGUGAGCUCACCUCCGUGCACUACGUUUGCGACCCUCGUGAUAACGUGUCAAGCAAGCAACCACGUGGGGCUCUUAUCUUCUCUGAUAAACCAUUUCUUGAGCGAGCUAAGUCAUAUUACUGGGAAGCAGAUAUUGUGUCAUUGGGCGAAGGUGAAGUCACGGAGUCAGGUCCAUUUCUAUCGUUUGGUUUCAUGCCCAACUGUUCCCCUACCGACACAGCAUGGACGAUUCCCCCCGGGAGCUGUCUUAUACACAGUACUGGCCGUGCCGUACACUACGAGCCGGGUGGACCGCUCUCCUGGAGUUCUGUUGCACUCAAUCUGAGCAUGCGCGAGCAUGACGUCAUAGGCUGCGGUUGGGAGAGGCUUGAGCCUGCAGAGGACCAGGGCAGUUCACGUGCCUUGGGCAGAGUUUAUUUCACUCGGAAUGGUAAACGUUUGGCCGAAGUGUUGGAUGGAAUAAGUUCUGGUCUCUAUCCUGUUGCCCACAUUCAAAAGAAGAACAUCCGUGUGUUGGUGAACUUUGGCUCUCGUUCAUUCCGUUAUCAAGAAGCGAACAGUCAGAGAGUGUCUCAGGAAAGUAUUGAAAGCAUUUCAUUGGAAGAGGUUCGCGCGAAUUUGGCAGAGUUGCCUUUUUGCGAUUGUAGUGAGUCUGACGAACAGGAGGAGAUUAUUGAUGAUCCCCGAGGAGGAGUGAGAGGAAGUGAAGGUACAAUAGACCAACCUGUUUCAUCCAAGAGAAUUGACGAAUCUUUAAACAGCAGAAUGGAAGAACAAGAAUACGACUCAAAUAUUUCCCAACUUGAGUUUCUAUCGAGUAGCUACGACCAGAUGUUAGACAACGGUCCACCCAAAUACAUGACCCCAGAUGACGAGGACACCAGCCAUGGACAGAGGAAACCCAGGCAGGUAUGCAAAGAUCCCAGAAGCCUGCUUGUCAAGUCCUGGGAGUCCAAAGUUUUUCCAACCAUACGUAGACGAUUUCGCAGCGAGGCUGACAGACGCUCAGGCCUGGAGCAGAUCAGAGGCGCUCUAAUGGAAGGAUUGAUCGACAUCGCAAUAUCAACUGUGGAGGAUCUCUACGAGGACAGCGGUGGAUUGCCAAACUCCCUGGUGUUUCCUCGCAUCGAAGACAUCGAGGCAGAACUUGAUAAGACCACCGUGCAAGAUCUUCGUCAAGCGAUGACCGUUCAAAUCAUCUCACCUUCGGUCGAAGCAUUCCCAGAGUACGCUGUGCCUGCGAUGAAAAAGACGUUUGGAUUGUGCGGAGUUGUCCACGAAAUAGACAAGCGCCAAGAGUUGGUUCUCGUUGAUGUUUAUAUCCGUGACGAAGGUUCAGUCGUACGAUAUUGGUACCCAGUUCACGCUGUGAAGCCCCAGCCGCCGGCGUUCGGUCGGCUGUCGUCGUUAACCUUCGUAGAUCAAGAGAAGGCAAGUUUCGAGAUUUACACGGAGCUGUGGAAUUGCGAGAGGACCCUGGCCAGAAUGUACGUUCGCUCCGCUGCGAUAAAAUUACUCGAGAGUAAACAGAAAUUACACAUCGAGAAACAAGGUAUUUGUAACCUGGAAACAAGUUUAGACCAGAUAACUUUACUUACUGGACAUCAUCUACGCGACGCACAAUCAGAUGGCAAAAUCACAGCCCGUUACAUCGCAACGACCUCCACCUUAAGAGAAGGUCUUAAAGUUGCGACAUGCUCCCCAAUGGCUGUGUUCUUCAAAGAUGAACACGUAUUACGAACCGUGAUCUCACGUCUUGUGUUGUCCUGCAUGCGUGAUGGCGAGAAGAUGGAAUAUGUUGGCGAAAAGCUGUGCGCUGUUUUGAAAAACAAAGUCGUACUCCGUCAAGACCAAUACGAGGUGUCGAAUGUGAAAUUUCGCAAAGAUGUCCAUUUGGAGAACGUCGCUGUAACGUCCGUGUCUUGUCUUGGAACAGCAGACUAUUUCAUGCCGAGAAUACGAGUACCUUGCGUGGAACUUUUUGGGUACUUUGGAAGACGACGUCUUACCAAAGAUGGCAACGUGGAUAAGUACAAGUUAACGCAUUAUCCUGAUUUUGCUGGUCAUCAUGUCAACUACUUUGGCGACGGGAAGAAUUGCCUGAACCCCGAACAACUUCUGCCGGCCAACCGCUUCCAUCUUCGUCUCGGAUCCAGCAACGUCAGAGGUCUUAUAUUGCGGCUCACUGGCAUACCUCAGGAGUUGUUGAUGUGUCUGAGUUUCAUCGAAACAUUUCUAGAUGUUUUCUCGACGGGUGACGGCAAAACGGACGAGGGAUGUAAACUAAACCAGGGCAUCGAGUCUCUCCCGUGCUUCGGCGAGAUGCUGGAGUUGUUGCAACGAUUUCUAAUCACAUCGACAUUGUCUCCGUUCAUACGCGAGCUGGUCUUUCACAUUCUUGCUCAAAUCUUUCGUUUGCUUGCCAGAAAUGCGCCUCCAGAUCGCCUCCAGUUCUAUUAUGAAACAUCCUUGAACUUUCUGAAUUCUCUGAAGAGCGAACUUUUCAAACUGAUGGAGAAAGAGGUUUCGAUUUCCCGAGUGAACGCUUUGGAGUACGUGUUGAAUUGUAAUUUUGAGAAGGUCAAGUUCUCCUCGUAUCUUCAGUCUCUUCUAGAACUUGUCCUCGCCGCUGUUGAGGUACGCAGGAGGAUAGGAGGGACGGAUUCUGGGGACUCACCGCGACAGAAAGGUACAUUGUGGGAUACACCUUGUGAGGACGUGAGUGAUCAACAAACCACAGUUCAGGAGGAUAGUGAGGUGGAUGUUCCUGCAUCAACAUCAAGUAAUCUGAGUAUUCAGGUCUAUUCUGGAGGAAGUGAGAACCCAGGCUCUUUCAUUCCAUUCUUUGCCUCCCUUCCUGUGAUGAACGAGAAUCAACGUUUUGCUGCUGCUGGAGAAAAUGCUCAACGAUCUGCAAGGGCCCAGUCCUUGCGACGUCAACGUUUUCGCGAACGCAAAAAACGAAGUUCAAAGAGAGCCUCGUCCCAGGAACCCGACGCCAAGGGUGGUGAAGAGAGAUGCAAUCAGAAUCCGCCGUGGUUUGAGAAGCUCGUGACCACGUUAGCCGUGCUACGCCAUUUGAUACGAAACGAAAGCUGCGGAAGGGACGUGGCAUUAGAUGCCCUGGGUACUAGUCUCGUGUUCCCAUCCAUGGCCUGGGAUCGAGUUAUUGUUGUCACCAACAUUCCGUCAAGCGUCAAUAUUGAUCUGGUUGUUCAAGGUAUCACAAAGGCAUCUCGUUCAGCCGGGGGAGUUCUGCCCGAUGACGGGAUAUUUUUGGAAGAUGAACCAACCAUAAUCAGGCCGCGUGGAGACGUAGAGACCGGAAACCAGUCUUCAUGUGACCAACCGGUGCCAUCGUACAGAUCAGCCGUCGUUCAGCUUCGCACGAGCCUGCAGAUAGACCGCGUCCGGCAGCGGUUGCAACAGGAGAAAACCUUGACCACUGGCAGUUCAUCGGAGACCCCUCUUCAGGUCCUCAAGGUGAACGCUAUGCUUCUAUUCGAAGGUGGAUGGGCCGUUACGAAGGCGUGUCAAACAUGGGAGAAUUUUCUUCAAAACAAACUGCUCGACACUUCUGAUUCCUUCACUUCCAAAGCCUCGAAUUCUCUGAGAGAAAUCUAUUUGAGCUGCCACUUCACUUCGAGAAUCACAGCUGAGGAGAAGGGAACUGAGGACAAAACGUCGCGCAAAGGUCAUGGGGACGAAAAUGACGUCGUCGUAGACGUCAGCACCAUUCUCCUGUCCGCGUUAGACAUUGCUGACGCAAUUGCGGGAAACCUGAUGUACGUGUUUCUGAAAGUUUUACGUGAGAGAACAAAGCUGGGGAAAGAUGAAGUGAUGGAUAUCAUAAAACAAUAUGGAUGCUAUGAACCUGGCAGCGAGGAUGUCUCAAGCCCAACGUUUCUUCAUUUUGAUGGAUUCCUGCGUUGUGUCAAGGAAAACGUUAAAACUGACAAGCGAAUUGUGUGGAAGGCGUUUCAAGCUUGUGGAUAUGACUUCAACCAUCAAAGAUCCACUGAAAUAUUCCAAGGCGACGUGGAACGAGAACACAAGAGAUGGAGUUUGGAAGACGAUAAAAUCUUGAUCAAAUUUAUCGAUAAUAUUUCUAAGAAUCUUUCAGCUUCACCUCAACGUCUCAAUCCCGAGGAAAUCUUCCUGGAAAGCGAUUUAACUAAUCCUUGCUUUGCAUCACUGAAGCAGUUUUCACGGCGAAGUAUUGGUUCAAGAUUUGUUCUUCACAAAUACCUCAAUCAGUUCGUUCAGCGGUUGGUUCUUCCGGUCGUAGACCUCCGAGUCUCGAGGACGCACCGUCUGAGCACGGGGAGCUUGCUCACCUCGGCGAAAGAUCUUUUGUUUAGGAAUACUAAGAUAAGCGAGUUGAAUCGCGUGCUUGAUUUGUCUGCUCAGCGUACGGCUGACGACCCAUCACCAGAGAUAUCACUUGACCCUCUCGAGAGUAUUGAGGCGUCCAAAGUCGCCGACACGGGCCCACAGUUCCACCAAGUUGCCAAACAGUUGUCCAAAGUUUCUUCCGCAAAACUUCGUGUUAAGGUGGCAACCGGAGGUGAUCCUUCGUUUCCUCUGCGAGUCAUUCUUCGAGGUGAACAAGUGUUGGGUCUGGGUGGGGCGUAUCGUCAUUUCAUGUGGAUCAUGGCCCGUGAGGUGCAGAGCAGCCAUCUUGGAUUGUUGAUCCCCUGCCCCAGUGCCGCGGCCAACAGAAACAAAGGAAAGUACAUCCUUCGUCCUGGUCCGAUGACUUUAUCUGAACGCCAGAUUCUCGUGUUUUUUGGGCAGUUGUUGGGUAUUGCACUGCGGUCAGACAUACCGUUGGCAUUGGACAUUCUUCCGUCAUUUUGGAAAAGUAUUCUUGGCCUUCCUCUGUCCGAAGUUGAUUUGCACGACGCUGAUAUCUUGACGUACAACUACAUACGACGUUUGUCAGAGAUCUCGUUCAAAGAAGAUUUUGAGAGGUUGUGUAUGGAAGCAGAUAUUUCUGGCACUCGAUUUGUUUUUACAUCGCUGAAUGGAGAAGAGGUUUCACUUUGUCCUAAUGGAAACGAUUUGUUAGUCACUUGGGAGAACCGCUUAGAAUACGCGAAAGCCGUUCUAGAAUAUCGUUUGAAAGAACUCUCGUGCGAGGCUCGAGUGUGCGCCAUUAAGACAGGUCUCGCCACUGUUGUUCCAAUUCAUGUCUUAACCAUUUUGAACCCGAGCGAUCUGGAGAUUCGCACUUGUGGUAUACCCAAUGUUGAUAUUGACUUCUUAAAGGUUCACACAACUUACGUAGCUGGUGUUAGAACAACAGACAGACACAUCGAGUAUUUUUGGAACGCGUUGGAAAGUUUCUCGAAGGACGAGCAACGGAAGUUUAUAAAAUUUGCUUGCAAUCAAGAACGUUUGCCUGGAAGAUGUUCGUGUCAAGACGGCUCAACAGACCUUCAUGUUCCACCUUAUCCCAUGAAGAUUGGACCGCCCGAUGGCAGAGGUCCACCAGAUUUGCGAUAUAUCCGCGUGGAGACGUGUAUGUUUAUGGUGAAACUACCGCGAUACACGACGCAGAAUGUGAUGAGAGAGAAAUUACUGUACGCCAUUAACUGUCGCGAGGAUCCGCUGACCGACUUCAGAUAACAUGGUUUGCACAUGCAUUGCACGUUUUAUAUUUGAAAUUUUAAUAAUCUGCGGUUUUAAACAGAAUAAAUUUUAAUCUAUUUAACUUAUGAAAAGCGCAAAGAAUGUAAAUUAUUUCGACAAAUUUUAAGAAUUAAAUGUUUAUUUUUAUUUAUUCAGUUAA